CAAAAUCCUUUUCACAAUGCUGCAAUUACUUUCAAUUCAAUGAAUCAUUCCCCCAAAUCUGCAAAAUAUUUCCGUUCUGGAAUUAGGGUUUCGAAUUUUGCAAUCCUCUUUUUUUUAUUCCCCGCUCGAAACUAGUCAUGAACUCAUUUUACACAAAUCAACUGAAAUUUUUCAUUAUCUUGUUUAAAUGAUGCAGUUUCGCCUAAAAUGAGCAGCUCAAGGGAGGAUUCUCCGGAUUGGCUUCGUUGUUUUCAGGCCCCAACUCAUUCAACUGUUACAUUAUCCUCGGAUUCUGAUUCUUUGCAAAAUGUUAGUCCUUCUAGGGAUGAUAAUAUUGAUUCUCAAUCCCCAGAAAGAUACAGCAAUAAUGAUAUUGUUCCUGGUGAAAGUGGUGCAGAAUCUCCAUUAUAUCCGAUUUCCAAGGCAAAGGCUCCCAAAAGGGGGGCAACUGGAGAUGGAAUACCAACAAAGAAUGAGAGAAAGAAGAGGAAGAAGGAGCAAAGAGAAGGGGAUGGUACUGAUGGGCCAGCUUCUGAGGAAGUAACACCUGAUGAGGAUAUAGAACCUCAUGCAGCAAAUCAUUCAGUUUUGGCAUUAUCAUCAGAUUCUGAGUCUUCUCAUGAUAAUAGCUCUAGGAGGGAGACAAAAAAUAUUAAACUCAAAGAGAGUGGAAAGGAUGAGGCUGCAAUGGUUGGUAGUAGCAGUGAAGCAUUGAAGAAGGCCUUGAAGGAAAAGUCUCCUAAAAAACUGUUAAAAGUUGAGGGUCAUACACACAAGAAAGAGAAGAAUAAAAAGGAUAAUGUUCUGAAAGGAGACCCUGAUGCUGUAGAGGUUGCAGAUGAAGACACUUCUGUGAAGCGUACUGAUCCUCAUGUUUCUACGUCAAGGCUGCCCUUGCUUCUCCCUGAGAAAGUCAGUCGUUCAAAGGCACUUGUUGAAUGUGAAGGGGAUUCCAUAGAUUUGAGUGGUGAUGUGGGGGCUGUUGGACGAGUAGUGAUUCCAGAUGCCUCAUCUGGAAAUCAUGACAUGUACUUGGAUUUAAAAGGAACGAUAUACAGAACAACAAUAGUUCCUUCCCGGACAUUUUGCGUUGUUAGCUUUGGUCAAUCAGAGGCAAAGAUAGAGGCCAUUAUGAAUGACUUCAUUCAGCUAAAAGCACAGUCUAAUGUCUAUGAAGCUGAAACUAUGGUUGAAGGAACACUCGAGGGUUUUUCUUUUGACUCGGAAGAUGAGGCUGACAAGAUGCCUAAAGCUAUUUCUCGCGAAACUGAUCAAAAUGAAGGCAAUGAAGAACAGACAAAUGGAAGAACUAAAGGAAAAGCUGAGAAAUCAUCUGGAGUGGUACAAAAGAAGGGUAAAACCGGAGGAAAAGCGCAGCCUGCAAAGAAAGUAAGAAAGAAAGCUCAAGUGUCAAAGAAAACCAAGACUAAGAAAUGAGAGAUCAAUGUCUCUUUUGUUCUAUUUUUUACAUUACUUUGAUCUUGCAUAAAUUAACACUAGCUGAUGAUAGAAGUAUAGAAAUCACAGUUGUGCUGGGUCUCGUUGCUUUCCAGAAUUUACUUCAGAAUUUCAAGUUCAUGAUUUUCCUACAUGCCAGUGUAGAAUAUCUAGAAUCAACAUGUCAGCUUGGUACCUCACAGAUGUCAAUGGAAAAUUUUGAUUUGGACAAAGCUAGAUGACUGCCAAGAAUCAUAUGUUGUUGUUGUAGUAAUAGAACUAUGAACUAUUUCAAUUAACAGCAUUUUGAGGAUAGAA